GAUCCUGUAGUCCUCCUCCACGCCAGCCUCCAAAGAGCGCUGCUGACCCAGCUAGCUCCCGGUGGCAUGACUUGAACUGGUAAGAAGAAAACCACUCUGUGAAAGAGAGAUGUGAACUAUUAAAAAGAAAAUGGCCCAACGGAGUACUGUAUUUCCUUCUCUUGUCACCGAGGAAAGGUAUAAUAUAUGGAAAAUAUGCAUCUAAGGCGAGUUAGAACGAUGCCCCGACACAGCCAGUCCCUGACCAUGGCACCCUACUCAUCCGUAAGCCUAGUGGAGCAACUGGAAGACAGGAUCCUCUGCCACGAGAAAACCACGGCCGCCCUCGUGGAGCAUGCCUUCCGGAUCAAAGAUGACAUCGUCAACAGCUUGCAGAAAAUGCAAAACAAAGGGGGAGGCGACCGCUUGGCCAGGCUUUUCUUGGAGGAGCACAUCAGAAACAUAACUGCCAUAGUGAAGCAACUGAAUCGGGAUAUCGAGGUACUCCAGGAGCAGAUCCGCGCCCGGGACAACAUUAGCUAUGGAACAAAUUCUGCCUUAAAGACUCUGGAGAUGCGGCAACUCUCCGGCCUGGGAGAUCUCCGGGGACGAGUGGCCAGAUGUGACGCCAGCAUAGCCAGACUCUCUGCUGAGCACAAAACGACCUACGAGGGGCUCCAGCACUUGAACAAAGAGCAGCAGGCUGCCAAGCUGAUCUUGGAAACGAAAAUCAAAGAUGCAGAGGGACAGAUUUCUCAGCUUUUGAACAGAGUGGACUUGUCGAUAUCCGAGCAAAGCACCAAACUGAAGAUGUCCCACAGAGACAGUAACCACCAGCUUCAGCUUUUGGACAAUAAAUUUAAAGGUACAAUUGAGGAACUCAGUAACCAGAUUUUAUCUGCACGGAAUUGGUUGCAACAGGAACAAGAACGGAUGGAAAAAGAACUUUUACAGAAAAUCGAUCAGCUUUCCUUUGUUGUUAAGGAAAACAGUGGAGCCAGUGAAAGGGACAUGGAGAAGAAGCUCAGCCAGAUGUCAGCCAGACUGGACAGAAUAGAAGAGAGUCAAAAGAAGAAUCUGGAGGUGCAGAGGACAAAACAAGAAGAGGAGAAGGUGCAUGGGCGAAUCAGCAAGCUUGAGUUACAGAUGACCGAGGACAUGAAGGAAAUGAAAGCAGAAGUUGAUGCGGGGUUUACAGCCAUCUAUGAAAGCAUAGGAUCCCUCAGGCAAGUUCUCGAAGCCAAGAUGAAGCUGGACAAGGACCAGCUACAGAAGCAAAUCCAACAGAUGCAGAAGCCGGAAGCUCCAAUGUGAAGGGACUUGGGACAUGAACCUCAAAGGUGGUUUUGCCAGUGGGGCCGGGAACUGGAUACCUCUGUAGCCAGGCUGUACCUGCAUUCAGGAUUGUUCUCUUCAUGGCGUGCAUGUGCCGAGAAAUGUGUUUUCAUGGUUCUAAAUGUUUACCUGGAGUCUUGAAAACACUCUCUUUAAAAGUAUUACAUACAGUUUUUACCACUUUAUUCCACUUCUCUAAAUUCAAUGGAAUAUCCUGCCCUCCCUGGAUUUUGAAAGGCUUUUAUCCCUUUCAUUUUAUGAAUGAGAAAAGACUUAACAAUUUUCCUUCGAUGCUUGAUGCUCUAGCCAAGACUUUACUCUUGAAAAAUGUCGUGGUGAUUUUUUUAAAUUAAGAAGAUAAUGAAUUAUCACAGGAAUGUGUUGUUCCUCACCCUAAAUUAAGAGAAUGUCCUGAUAGAUUAGAAUUCAACCCUUGAGUCCAUAUUUGGAUUUUAUUAUUGUUGUCUGUGCAUUUCUUAUAUUGGUAUUUUCUUGUAAAUCUGUCUUUUGUAGGGGGAGGGGAUUUAACAUUUGGGGAAAAACCCUACCAUUUAUGCAGUGAAAAUAUUUUAAAAAUUGAUAACUGCCAUAUAGAUUACAAAUUAAAAUGGAAACUUAAGACAAUUAUCUAGAUAAUGCAAGGCACAAUUAUCUACAUCGACCACCUAGUUAUACCAGGUUUUAAUAUUGAAAACCUUUUUCAGUUAUCCACCGCCUGUAUAGUGAUAGCCAUAUAUUCAAUAACGGAAUGGCGGUUAAUAGCCUGUUUAUUACACAAUUAGUUGUUCAUUAAUCGUAAUGGGAUGUGAAAAUUUUUCAGGCUCUUUGAUCUCCUCUCUAAAUUUUUCCAAAAUUGACACAAAGUGCUAGGGUUUAUAUACACUUAUUGUAACUAUAUUCUUGUGCCUUGGUUUUAUCACGUCAGUGCACUCUACCCUAUAACAGUUUUGCGGACAAAAUAGAAGGCACGAUAAUACAUCAGAAUUAUGAUGUAAAAGUGGGAUCCUAUGUAUUUUUUAAAUGCUCUUAAGAAUUUUAUCACUGUUAAGAUGUUAAUCAUUCACUAUCAGUAACGGAACAGAUAUUCAUACUUUUGUAUGGCCAGAGAAUCAAAUUGAUAUUGCAUUUAUAACAAUGUUAAGAAACGUUCAUUUUGAGCAACUUCAUAGAUGACGGGUGUUUUAUUUUCAAUCGCUAUAUUUGAUUAGUCAUUGAAAAUGGGCGCCAGUGCUAUUCGUUCACCUGUGUCUGUAAAAGCUAAUAGUGAGACACACGCCAUUCUAAACUACGAGGGUGGCCAGGAAAAAGAAAACAGGGAUACUUUGAAAAAUUGAAAAACUUUUUUUUUGUUUGCCUAGGACUCAGGAAAAUUAAAGCAUUUUCUAUUUUAGAAGAAAUCGUAACUGAAAUCUCUAACUGGCUAUUACUGUUCACCCAUAGAAAUUAUGCUGCUGAAGUACAUAAUAGUUUACCCUCAAUGGCUUGACAAAUUUUUUUUUUAACUUGGACCUGAGAAGUCACGUAAGGAAUAUGUCAUCCAACAUAUAUUUCCUUAUUUUGUCACAAAUCUUUGCAUCUCUAUAUAGGAAGACUAUGUCCACUUAGUGAAAAAACAAAAAGGUUAAUGCUCUUCCGCAAUCAGAAAGUGAGUUUCUUUUUGUGAUAGAGUAGCCGUGUCUAGUACAGUUCUCCUGGCUUCAGCACAAACCACAGCACCGAGAGCCACGGCCCCUCCAGCGUCUCUCUCCUCUGCGGGCCCCGAGGAGGAAGAGUCAGCACGUGUCACACCUGGGAAGAGGGGGACAGAGGACACCAGCUGGACUCAGGUCAAGGGGUGACGUGAGUGGGUGAUGCUUCUAAUGCUGCCACCACCACGUCACGAGUUCUGGCGGGGGUUCUCCACCCUGGCUGCAAGUUGGAAUCACCUGGGCAGUUCAAAAAGCUACCAGCGCCCAGACUGCGCCCCCAGACCAACUAAGUCAGAACCUCUGGGAGGGGAUGCAGGCGGCCGCACACGUCAGAGGCCCCUGGGUGACUCACGUGUUGUGAGCCCCGAGCUCCAACGUCCUCUUAUCACCAAAGUUUAAAUGAGAAUCAGCUUCCCUGUAGUUUCCUUUAUCAGAAAUUUGCAAUAAAAAGAAUAAAACUUCCAAA